CCACAGGUCAGAUGCGAAGACACUCCUCGGAGACGGACAAGAGGCGACAUGGCAGUGGCACACUCUCGCACACGUACAUGCGAGGCGAGAUGGAUCCCAACCAGGCAGCCAUCCUGUUUCGGGAUUCUCGAGGGUUACCAGCAGCAGACCCAUUCUUGGAGAAUAUCAGUAGGAGUGACUUAGAACAAGAUGAAUCACAGAUCUUCGUCAAGUUCUUCAAGUUCCACCACACAUACGACCUCAUUCCUCUCAGUGCCAAGCUUGUGGUGUUUGACACAAAGUUACAGGUUAAGAAGGCAUUCUUUGCUUUAGUGUAUAAUGGCGUACGAGCUGCCCCACUCUGGGACUCCACUCGGCAGCAGUUUGUGGGCAUGCUGACCAUCACAGACUUUAUCCGCAUCCUGCAGAACUUUUACCAGUCGCCAAAUCGCAAGAUGGAAGAACUGGAGGAUCACAGGCUAGAGACAUGGCGCACUGUACUGAAGGACGAGUCUCGCCCGCUGAUCAGCAUCCGGCCAGACGAGUCACUAUAUGUUGCAAUUCGCUCACUCAUUCAUCAUAAGAUUCACCGCCUACCUGUUAUAGAUCCUGUCACUGGCAAUGUUCUUUAUAUUGUAACACACAAGCGCAUUCUCAAGUUCCUCUACCUCUAUAUAAACGAGCUGCCCAAGCCGUCCAUCCCCCUGCGGGAUAUGACCUACACUAACAUACAGACUGCCAGCCAGGACACACUGAUCAUUGAAGCCCUGAACCAGUUUGUCAAACACAGAGUGUCUGCUCUGCCCAUUGUCGAUGCACAAGGAAAACUUGUGGAUAUUUAUGCUAAAUUUGAUGUGAUUAAUCUUGCUGCUGAAGGAACCUAUAACAACUUGGACGUGACACUGCGCAAAGCCAAUGAGUACCGUAACGAGUGGUUUGAACAAGUUCACCGAUGCACACUGGAUGAGACGCUAGAGACAGUCAUGGAACGCAUAGUGAGAGCGGAAGUCCACCGUCUUGUGGUGGUCGAUGAAGAAGGCAGAGUUGUUGGUGUGAUUUCGCUCUCUGAUAUUCUCAAGGAGCUUGUUCUCAAACCUUGCAAAGAUACAGAGCCUAAUGGACUCCAGUCAGCCACUGUGUCACAGAUGGAAGUUACGCUCACAACUUCAGACUUGUCAACAUCCCCCACAAAACCCUCAGCUGAGGAUGGCAUGGAUCCCUCCACUGAGGUUUCCCAGGACUCCUCAGAAAACUCCCCGGCUGAGCUGAAUAUCAAGGAGGUUGAAGUGACACCACCAGCUGACGUCAACAUUAACGUUGUGCGCAAGACAGAGAGUGAGGAUAGUGUGGAGGGAAAGUGGAGCAGUGAUGACCGACUUAGUCAGCACUGCAGCAGUAGCAGUGGAAAGGUGGACCAGGAUGCUGCUAAGGCAUCUCCGGCGGACAGUGAGGAAGAUGAGGGUCGUUACAGUAUGGGGGAUGCAGAUGAUCCUCCCCAGGCAGAGGUCAUUCCUAUUACAGGAUGAGGAUGAUGAGGAUUGAAUGUGUAAAUAAUAUGGGCUUUGGAUAUGUUCAUGUGAGCUAUAUAUACAUAGAU